UUGCUUGAAUUUCCAGCAUCUGCAGAAUUCCUCAUGUACCAACUUUCUCACGGAGGAUGCCGGAAUUGAACUCCGAGGCAGUGAUCUACGGUAGUAUGGCACUGCCAGGGAGUUCCCCUCGCGGAGGAGUGUGGAUGUCGGGAUUCAGACCCUCAGCCUCCUGGUCUGGAGGUGAGAAGCUGUUCUCACAGCCGCUCGCACUAACCACUAUCUUUCCAUCCUGUAGCAAGCGUGGUGCAGUUGCGGUGCGAGGCUGUUGGGCUGCAAGCUCCCCUUGCCCGCCGGCUGAAGCCUGGACAUUCCUGCCUUUCCUGAAGCUCCAGAGAUGAAGCCCGCCUUGCGCAUCCUGCUCCUGAUGCUGGCUGCCUCCACCCUGGACGUGGGCGAUUGCGGCCUCUUCCGGACCACCAUCCGCCAGCGGCGGGAUGUUCUGGCCAACGCCACCACCACCUUCGACCACGUCUACACCAUCCAGUUGCCGGGCUGCCGCUCCUGCGCGGUCGAUGUCUCCAGGCCCCGGGCGCGGGUCUUCGAGGCCCGAGACGAGGCGCCGGGCGACAAGCAGUUCGAGCACGUCCUGGACCACACCAAGCCGGUGGUCUUCACCCACAGGAUCAACAUCCCGCCACAGGCCUGCGGCUGCGGAGAUGUGUCGGCCCUGCAGCGGCGCCUGCAGGCUCUGGAGAAGGAGGUCGCCAACCUGCGCAAGCGGUGUUCCAGCAGCCAGUGUUGCGGUUCGGAAUCGGCACCGGACUGUGGCGCCCAUGGGACCCUCAGCCCCUCCAGCUGCGUCUGCGUCUGCGAGGAGGGCUGGCGCGGCCCCACCUGCUCGGAGCCCUCCUGCCCGCCGAGCUGCCGCCCACCGAGGGGGGAGUGCUCGGGCGGGCGCUGCGUCUGCCGCUCGGGCUACACGGGGCCCGACUGCAGCCAGGAGGCCUGCCCCGCCGACUGCAACGACCAGGGCCGCUGCAUCGACGACCGCUGCGUCUGCUUCCCCGGCUACACCGGCUACGGCUGCACGGAAGAGGAGAAGAAGCCGUGCCCGGACGACUGCAAAGGCCACGGCGAGUGCAUCGGCGGGAAGUGCGUCUGCCAGCCAGGGUACUCGGGGCCCCGCUGCGGCGUCACGGCCUGCCCAAACCAGUGCAGCAGCCGCGGCCGCUGUGUGAGCGGGAAAUGCGCCUGCAAGGACGGUUUCACCGGCGAGGACUGCUCCGUGGAGAUCCCCGUGGCCCUCCGCCUCCGAAUGAAGAAGAUUCUGGAAACCAAAGCUACAGUGGAGUGGGACCUGCCUAAGGAUAACGUGGAUGCCUGGGUGAUCACCUUCCGACCCUUGAAGGAAGAGGAUGGCAGACUGAUCAACAAACUGGGGGGCUCCAAGACCUCCUUCGAGCAGACAGGGCUGGCAUCAGGUCAGGAGUAUGAAGUGACUCUGCAGGCCCAGAAAGACAAACAGCUCGGAGCGGCCAUCACGCGGACCUUCACCACCAUGAUCGACAGCCCCCAGAACCUGCGAGUGGUCUCGGCUACCAACACGACCCUCGAGCUGGGCUGGAAGAGGCCGCUGGCUGCCAUCGACCGCUACCGGCUCAACUACUCCUCGGCAACAGGCCGUCGCAGCCAAGUAGUGGUGCCCGCUGGAAACAGCCAGACGGUGCUGACCGGACUGGAGGUUGGGGUGGAGCACACCAUCUCGCUGGUGGGCGAGCGGGGCCCCCACCGGAGUAAGGCAGCAGCAACCAGAGGCACUACAGUGAUCGACAGCCCCAGGGACCUGCAGAUAGUCGCCGUGACCGACUCCACCAUCAGCCUGCAGUGGGAGAGGUCCGUAGCCCAGGUCGAUCUCUAUCGCAUCAGCUAUACCACCCGGAGCAGCCGAGGCGGGGAGCUGACGGUGUCUAGCCAGGAUCGCACAGCCACACUAAAAGGGUUGGAGAAGGGCACCAAGUACACCAUCUCGCUGGUGGGUGAGCAGGGGAAGAUGAAGAGUGAGGCCGUGAUCACCACAGCAACCACAGAAAGUCUCGCCCAUCGGGAACUGGCUGGCAGCCACUCCAGCCGCACGCUGGCUGCCAAUGGGAGCCAGUCUAUCCAGGACAUCUCAAAGGCCAUCUCCAGGAGGAUAGCGGUAGCUGGACUCCCGGCUGACAGGGGCACGGUGGGGCACCCCGCCGUCCGGCACCACACGGCGUUUGGCCGAAAACCCUUCCGCUCCCCCAGGGUGCGGCUCACCGUCUGGCCUCCCAAACCACUGCCAACGGACGACCAGAAAGAGCCGGAAGGCCGUAGAAGCCCCAAUGCCAAGGCGCAGCAGCAGUCCCUAAUGGGAACGGGGAAACUGGGGAGUCCCGGAAGAAGGGUCAUUGUGUCCCCAGGGUCCAACACCAUGUCUUCGGGACGUAAUGGAAACCAUGGAUCCCCGGGGACCAAAACCACUCCUUGGGGAAAGGAUCAACGUGGUGGAUCACCUGGCAGAGUUCCGUUGCCUGGAGGAACGAUUCAUCGCGCCAGGUCCCCAGAAACCAUUCCCACGUCGAAAGGGAAGUAUGGGCUUGGCGGACUCCCAGGGCCCCACCCCAGGUCCAGAGUUAGAGCCCCGGGGAUUGUUCCCACGACGAGAGGGAAGCCUGGAUCCCCAGGGUCAGUCCCCAGGCCGAGGGGGCAAAAAGAACCUGACCUUCAUCCAUCUUUGAACAGAGUUCCGGGGACACCUCUCGAUGGCCGGCAAGUCAGUAAAGGAGCUGGGAACCCUUCUCAGUCAGGGAGAUUGGAAACAACUCCACAUGGGAUUCCUGGAGAAGAACAAAAUGUAGAAUUCGAAACUUCAUCUCAAAUCUCCUCUCAAACCCAGCGUCCUCCUCUGGUCAUUAGCCCCAGGCAUCUGACUUACCCAAGCUCCCCAGAGCAGACGGGCCUCAUGGUGUGGAACGCCACUUCCAGCUGCGCUCAGCUCUCCUGGGAGGUGGCAGGCAGCCCGUUCGACCGGCUGGUCUUGGCCUACCGGGACUCGCUCACUCAGGUGGUUCAGGCCAAGCUGGUGCUCAGGGGAAGUCAGCAGACAGCCACCAUAACAGGGCUAAUCGUGGGGAAAAGCUAUGACCUGUACCUUUAUGGCAGCUCCUUGGACCGUCCAUUACAACCUGUUAACGUUACCAGAAUCUCAGUACGGGGCUUGGACUCUGGGCCAGUGACCGCCAACAAGGAGACAGAGGACCUUCAGACCAUGCCGGCAGGUGUUCGGGAGGAGGGCAUUGAGGAGCAGGAGCAGGAGGAGGAGGAGGACGAGGACGUGGAUGAGGAGGAGAUAGCCCAGGAGGAGCUGGAAGGGGAGGUGACCACUCCCUCCACAGCAGGAAUACCGGAGAGUACGUUGCGCCCCAAUGCCUCCUCUGAAAACCAGACCCCCUGGUGGACCCCAAUGCCCUUUAAGGAUUCGCUCGUCACCUCUCAGAGCCUCAGCACAUCCGGCUUGUUUGAAGCUCAUCGGCCUCCAGCAACACCUAACCCUGGUGUAGACUAUAAUGCGAUGUUGCAGACUGCAACUGAUGACACCCUCUUAGUUCCACCUGCAGCCUCGACCGACCAAACUGUUAACUUCAGUAACGUGUUGGCUCGGGAGGUGAAGGACCGGAGCCUCCGACUGUCCUGGAAGGUUGUGGGCGGCGCGUUCGACUCCUUCGUGGUGCGGUACCGGGAGACGGCGGGAUCGGCACAGUGGCUGGAGCGCCAGAUUCAAGGUCACUAUCGCUCCGUGCUGCUGAAGGGCCUGAAGGCUGGCACGGAGUACUCACUCCAGCUAUACGGAGUGCGCAAGGGGCAGCGCACGGAACCCUACCACCUCCUCGUCACCACAGUUUCCACGGAGAAGAUCAAGACAGGGACAGUGGGCAAACUGGACACAUUUGUUGUUUCGAACAUCACGGAAGUCUCCUUCUUACUCACCUGGACCACAGAGGCGCAGUUUGACUCCUUCCUUAUCCACUACAGAGCCGAGGGAUCCAGGGACGUGCGGAAGGUCAGAGUGGCCGGUGAACUCCGAUCUUCAAUCAUCACUGGUCUCCAGCCAAGCACCAAGUACACCCUUCAGCUCUAUGGUGUCUCCUCUGGUCAGCGAACAAAGCCGAUCACCACCACAGCUACCACAGACAGAAGCACCUUGAGACUGGGCAGCCUGUCAACCCCGACCGUCACGUCGAACUCUGUCCGCCUCUCCUGGACCACAGACAGGACCUUUGACACCUUCCUCAUCCAGUACAGGGUCCAGGGGUCGCAGGAGACCCGGAACAUCACGGUGGCCGGUGGAAAGCGAGUGUACCUCGUCAGGGAUCUCCGUCCCUCUACCCGAUACAUCAUCUAUGUCUACGGGAUCUCAGGGUCUGUGCAGACCCAGCCCCUCACCACCCAGGUCACCACCACAGCUCGUGAGGACAAAGAUGCCCCAUCGCUGGUGAGACUGGGCACCCUGUCAACCCCGACCGUCACAUCGAACUCUGUCCGCAUCUCCUGGACCACAGACAGGACCUUUGACUCCUUCCUCAUCCAGUACAGGGUUCAGGGGUCGCAGGAGACCCGGAACAUCACGGUGGCUGGCGGGAAGCGAGUGUACCUCAUUGGUGGUCUCCGUCCCUCCACCAGAUACACCAUCCAUCUCUACGGGAUCUCGGGGAGUUUGCAGACCCAGCCGCUCAGCACCCAGGUCACCACUGCAGAUCCUGAGGACAAAGAUGCCCCAUCGCCGGUGAGACUGGGCACCCUGUCAACCCCGACCGUCACAUCGAACUCUGUCCGCAUCUCCUGGACCACAGACAGGACCUUUGACUCCUUCCUCAUCCAGUACAGGGUCCAGGGGUCGCAGGAGACCCGGAACAUCACGGUGGCUGGCGGGAAGCGAGUGUAUCUCAUCGGUAGUCUCCGUCCCGCCACCAGAUACACCAUCCAUCUCUACGGGAUCUCGGGGAGUUUGCAGACCCAGCCCCUCACCACCCAGGUCACCACUGCAGAUUUAAAAAAGAGAGAUCAACCCAGCAAAAUCGUUAAACUGGACGGCCUCUUUUUCUCCAAUGUCACCGAUGUCUCCUUCCAGCUCUCGUGGAGGGCAGAGAAGGUCUUUGACUCUUUCCUGGUUGUGUACGGGGUCCAGGGCUCCGAAGUGACGCGGAACCUCUCGGUGUCUGGGGAACGGAGGCUCGUUGUCAUCACAGGACUCAGACCCAGCACCACCUACACCAUCCGUGUCUACGGAGUCUCUGCUGCCGGGCGCACCAAGUCCCUCACCACCCUGGUAACCACCAAAGAGACAAGCCAGGUGCAGCCCAGUGAAGCCAUUAAACUGGAGAGCCUCCCCUUCUCCAACGUCACCACCAGCUCCUUCCGAAUCUCCUGGAGGGCUGAGCAGAUCUUUGACACUUUCUUCAUUCUGUACGGGGUCCAAGGCUCGGAUGUGACGAGGAACAUCUCGCUGACCGGGGAUCGGCGGUUUGCAGUCCUCACCGGUCUCAGACCUGCCACCACCUACACCAUCCGUCUGUACGGGGUCUCUGCCAGCGGGCGUACCGAACCAAUCACCACUGUCGUAACCACCAAAGAGAAGGCCAAAGCCAAGCCAAAGAAGCUGGGGAGCCUCACCGUCACCAGAGUUACCACCGACUCGAUCCUCCUCUCCUGGACAGCGGAGAGGGGGUUUGAAGCCUUCUUGGUGCGGUACAAGGAGCACGCCAGUGGCACCACGCGGAACGUCACGGUGAGCGGCGACCGGCGGGCGUUGACCAUCACAGAGCUACAGCCUGGCACCAAGUAUACCGUCUACCUCCACGGUCUGGUGAAUGGGCAGCGGACAAAGCCUCUCAGCCGAGUGAUCACCACACCAGCUACCACGGACAAGCCCACAGUGAGACUGGGCACCCUGUUGACCCCAACCAUCAGAUCGAACUCUGUCCGCCUCUCCUGGACCACGGACAGGACCUUUGACUCCUUCCUCAUCCAGUACAGGGUCCAGGGAUCGCAGGAGACCCGGAACGUCACGGUGGCUGGCGGGAAGCGAGUGUACCUCAUCAGGGGUCUCCAUCCCUCAACCCAAUACAUCAUCUAUCUCUACGGGAUCUCGGGGUCUCUGCAGACCCAGCCGCUCUCCACCCAGAUUACCACCUCAGAUCCUGAAGACAAAGAUGCAUCAGCUCCAACGAAACUGGGCACCCUGUCGCCGCCGACCGUCUCGUCAAACUCUGUCCGCCUCUCCUGGACCACAGACAGGACCUUUGACUCCUUCCUCGUCCAGUACAGGGGUCAGGGGUCGCAGGAGACCCGGAACGUCACGGUGGCCGGCGGGAAACGAGUGUACCUCAUCAGGGAUCUCCAUCCCUCCACCCGAUACAUCAUCUAUCUCUACGGGAUCUCAGGGUCUCUGCAGACCCAGCCUCUCACCACCCAGGUCACCACUGCAGAUCCUGAAGACCAAGAUGCAGCAGCACCAACGAAACUGGGCACCCUGUCACCCCCGAGCGUCACGUCGAACUCUGUCCGCCUCUCCUGGACCACAGACAGGACUUUUGACUCCUUCCUCAUCCAGUACAGUGUCCAGGGAUCGCAGGAGACCCAGAACAUCACGGUGACCGGAGGAAAGCGAGUGUAUCUCAUUAGAGGUCUCAGUCCCUCCACCAAAUACACCAUCUAUCUCUACGGGAUCUCGGGGUCUCUGCGCACCCAGCCCCUCACCACCCAGGUCACCACAGCAGCUCCUGAAGACAAAGCUCCAGCGUCUCCAAUGAAACUGGGCAGCCUGUCACCACUGACCGUCACGUCCAACUCUGUUCGCCUCUCCUGGACCACGGACAGGACCUUUGACUCCUUCCUCAUCCAGUACAGAGUCCAGGGAUCACAGGAGACCCGGAACAUCACGGUGACCAGUGGAAAGCGAGUAUACCUCAUUAGAGGUCUCCAUCCCUCCACCAAGUACACCAUCUAUCUCUACGGGAUCUCAGGGCCUCUGCGGACCCAGCCCCUCACCACCCAGGUCACCACUGCAGCUCCUGAAGACAAAGCUCCAGCGUCUCCGAUGAAACUGGGCACCCUGUCACCACCGAUCGUCACGUCCAACUCUGUUCGCCUCUCCUGGACCACGGACAGGACCUUUGACUCCUUCCUCAUCCAGUACAGGGUACAGGGAACACAGGAGACCCGGAACAUCACGGUGACCGGCGGAAAGCAAGUGUACCUCAUUCGGGGUCUCCAUCCCUCCACCAAGUACACCAUCUAUCUCUACGGGAUCUCAGGGCCUCUGCGGACCCAGCCCCUCACCACCCAGGUCACCACUGCAGCUCAUGAGGACAAAGAUGCCCCAUCGCUGGUGAGACUGGGCACCCUGUCAACCCCAACUGUCACAUCGAACUCUGUCCGCAUCUCCUGGACCACAGACAGGACCUUUGACUCCUUCCUCAUCCAGUACAGGGUUCAGGGGUCGCAGGAGACCCGGAACAUCACGGUGGCUGGCGGGAAGCGAGUUUACCUCAUCGGUAGUCUCCGUCCUUCCACCAGAUACACCAUCCAUCUCUACGGGAUCUCGGGGAGUUUGCAGACCCAGCCGCUCACCACCCAGGUCACCACUGCAGAUCCUGAGGACAAAGGUGCCCGAUCACCGUUGAAACUGGGCACCCUGUCAACCCCGACCGUCACAUCAAACUCUGUCCGCCUCUCCUGGACCACAGACAGGACCUUUGACUCCUUCUUCAUCCAGUACAGGGUUCAGGGGUCGCAGGAGACCCAGAACAUCACGGUGGCUGGCGGGAAGCGAGUGUACCUCAUCGGUAGUCUCCGUCCCUCCACCAGAUACACCAUCCAUCUCUACGGGAUCUCGGGGAGUUUGAGGACCCAGCCCCUCAGCACCCAGGUCACCACCGCAGCAUCUGAAGAUCCUACAGCACCAGUGAGACUGGGCACCCUGUCAACCCCGACCGUCACAUCGAACUCUGCCCACCUCUCCUGGACCACAGACAAGACCUUUGACUCCUUCCUCAUCCAGUACAGGGUUCAGGGGUCGCAGGAGACCCGGAACCUCACGGUGGCCAGCGGGAAACGAGUGUACCUCAUCGGGGGUCUCCAUCCCUCCACCCGAUACGUCAUCUCUCUUUAUGGGAUCUUGGGGUCUCUGCGGACCCAGCCCCUCACCACCCAGAUCACCACCGCAGCCUCCAUGGACACCAAUGGCGCCAGGCCAAGCCAGUUGAGUAAACUUAUUCGCCUCUCGGGGAACAACGUCACGGAAAAUUCCUUGCAGGUCCACUGGGCUGCCGAGCGAGGCUUUGACUCCUUCCUUAUCCAGUACGGAGCUGAGGGAUCGGCGGACACACAGAAUAUUACUGCCGCUGGGGACCAACACUCCUCCUUCAUCACUGGUCUGAAACCUGCCACCGCCUACCGUGUCUCACUCAUUGGGGUGUCCGGAAACAGGCGGACGAAACCACUGACCACCAUAGUGACCACCACAGUGUCCAGAACGGUGGAGCAAGUGAAAUCCAUCAUGUUUGGGAGCCUGUCCUUCUCGAACAUCACGGCAAACUCGCUCCAACUCUCCUGGGAGAUGGACGGCACCUUUGACUCCUUCCUGAUAGAGUACAUGGCACAGGGCUCCGACACUCGGAACAACUUCACGGUGGCCGGCAACCGCCGUUCUGCCUACAUCACGGGGCUCAAGCCUGCCACCAACUACACCAUUCACCUGUACGGUGUGUCCAGGGGCAAACUCUCCAGACCCCUGGAGGCCCGUUUAACCAUCACAGCGGUUCCUGUGCACGGCACCUCAAUUAAUAGCUUGGGAGGUGUCUCGGUGUCUGACGUCAACUCACACGGACUGAGGCUGUCCUGGACAGUGGAAGAAGGCGCCUUUGACUCAUUCCUGGUCCGCUAUGGAGACACGAAGGGACGGCUGGCCUCCAAGGAGAUUACGGCCUCCGGCGACCGUCGACACAUCACACUGACAGACCUGAGUCCCGGCACGGAGUACCAGCUCUCUCUCUACGGCGUCCUGGACGGUCAAGAGUCGAAUGCCAUUCCCAUCACGGCACUAACAGCCCAGGAGAGGCAGGACGGAAUGAGCUUCACCGAUAUCACCGACACCUCUGUCACCAUCAGCUGGGCGGCUGCUUCGGAGCCCGUCGACACCUACAAGAUCUUCUACGUGCCAACCGUACAAGGUGACCCGAAGAGCAGGAGUGUGGAUGGGGCCAGAACCAGCAUCACCCUGAGUGGCCUGCAGCCCGGCGCACAGCACGAGGUCAACCUCGUGCCCAUGAGGGGCCGGGUGGAGAGUCCUCCCAUCCUGGGCCGCUUCACCACCGCCCCAGACCCACCAUCACACCUACAGGCCAUCAACGUCUCGGAGACACGGGCCAUCCUGGAGUGGAAACCAGCGACUGCACCCAUCGACCACUACAUCGUCAGCUACAAGGCGCGAGGGAUUCCUGCCGUCAGGAGGACCGUGCCCAGUAACAGUGCAGAGCUGCAAUUGGUGGGUCUGCGUCCACGCACCAUGUACACAGCCGAGGUUCACAGUGCCCAGGGCGCGCGGACAAGCUCCCGUGUCAGGGUUAGCUUCACCACGGUCUCUGUACAUAUCCCGUUCCCCAAGAACUGUGAGGAGGAACUCAGCAACGGCAGGACCGAGUCCAACAUUGUCACCCUGUACCUGAACGGAAACAAGGAGCGGCCGAUCAGAGUCUUCUGCGACAUGAGCACGGAUGGUGGAGGGUGGAUGGUCUUCCAGAGGAGAAUGAAUGGAAAGCUGAACUUCACACGUAGCUGGAAGGACUAUGUGGCUGGAUUUGGGGACCUUGCUGCAGAACACUGGCUGGGUCUGGAGAACCUGCACCAACUGACAUCACAGGAGCGCUUCGAGCUGCGCGUGGACCUGCGCGCUGGUGGGGAGUCUGUGUACGCCACCUACGAUAACUUUGUGGUGGGGGACGCAGCUGUGAAGUACCAGCUGGGGCUGGGAAAAUAUGCCGGAACUGCAGGCAACUCCCUGGCCUACCACCGGGGCAGUAACUUCACCACCGUGGACGAGGACAAUGACAACGCCCUGACCAACUGCGCCGUCUCCUACAGGGGAGGCUGGUGGUACCAGAACUGUCACCGCGUCAACCUCAACGGCGAAUAUGGCAACAACAAAGACCACCAGGGCGUGAACUGGUUCGGCUGGAAGGGCUUCGAGUUCUCCAUCCCGUUCGCAGAGAUGAAGAUGCGGCCUCACCGGGCGGCCAGGACAGAGUGAGGCCGAGGGUGUUGCCGCAGGGACUUCACUAGAGCUUACAGCUAACUCUCACACACCCCGAUGCCUGGCGUUCCCGCCGACACCGUCGCCCACAUUAUCGCCAUUGUCUGUCUGUGCUCCGCUCGGAUCCAGGUUCAUCGGCUUCUCAGCCCCGCCAACCGCAGGUCGCCGGGACGGCCUCCGCCCCUCACCCAGGGGAACGGCCGCUCGGCCCUGCACUUGGGAACAUGUUGGCGGAGGGGUUUGGGGUUUGCAGACGCCCAACUUUCAUUUACGCUGCUUUGCGGAGUGUGAGUACUAGACUCGGUCUCCAACUCAACACCGCCCACUGGAUCUACGCAGAGUUCGACCUUUUGUACCGGUUCGGAACCAUGUCGUGUUUUUGUUAUCAGAGAGUCUGGAAAUAUAAUUG